GUCAGCUGAUCACUGCAGUGCAGCGUGCAGUUUGCUGUGUGUCAAUGUAAACAUUCACUUUUCUCUCAUGUGCUGUGGAAUUAGGUAGCUUACAGCCCCAGACCUAGUAACUUUGAUGUUGCUGUUGUCAGCAUGGCCUCUGGCUCAGGCUUUGCUCCUCCAAAACUGGCAGACUUCAUCCUCACAGAGCGGCUAGGCAGUGGAACCUACGCUACAGUAUAUAAAGCCUACAGAAAGGGGGACAGUCGUGAGGUGGUGGCAGUGAAGGUGGUGGGGAAGAAGACUCUAAACAAGGCAGCAACAGAAAACCUGCUCACAGAGAUUGAAAUCCUCAAGACUGUGCGUCACCCUCAUAUAGUCCAGCUCAAAGACUUCCAGUGGGAUGCUGAAAACAUUUAUCUGAUUUUGGAGUGGUGCUCUGGUGGCGAUCUCUCCCGCUUCAUCCGCAGUCGCAGGAUUUUACCUGAGAGGGUGGCCCGACGCUUCCUACAGCAAAUCGCCUGUGCUCUCCAGUUUCUUCAUGAACGAAACAUCUCACACCUGGACUUGAAACCUCAGAAUAUUCUGCUCAGUGGCUCUGCCCUCAAACUAGCAGAUUUUGGUUUUGCCCAAUACAUGUCACCUUGGGAUGAGCAGAGUGUCCUGAGAGGCUCUCCUCUUUACAUGGCUCCUGAGAUGGUGUGCAGACGCCAGUAUGACUCCAGGGUGGAUCUCUGGUCAGUUGGAGUCAUUCUCUAUGAGGCACUGUUUGGGCGAGCACCAUUCGCAUCAAGGUCUUAUGUUGAGCUGGAGGAGAAGAUCCGGAGUAACCAACCUAUUGAGCUCCCUCCCGGGGCCAGGGUAUCCAAGGACUGCCGGGACCUUCUGUUGCGGCUGCUGGAGAGAAAUCCAGAUGCCCGUAUCACCUUUGCGGAGUUCUUCACACACCCUUUUGUGGAUUUGGAGCACAUGCCAAGCGCAGAGAGCCUAGUGAAAGCGAAAGAGCUGGUCCUGCAGGCCGUUCAGAAGGACCAGGAGGGGGAGAGGUCCUCUGCUCUCUCUCUGUACUGUAGUGCCCUAGAGCACUUUGUCCCCGCUAUUCACUACGAGACUGACCGACAACGUAAAGAUGCCCUCAGACAGAAGGUCAGCCAGUAUGUGUCCAGAGCCGAGGAACUGAAAGCCCUGGUGGCCUCAGACAACAGACUGAGCUUUGAGGAGGCCCGGACCUCCAGGGAUGUCCUCAGAGAAAUGUCUCGAGACCAACCAAGGCUGCUGGCUGCUUUGGAGAUGGCCUCUACUGCCAUUGCUAAGGAAGGGAGCGGACUGGAUGAUCAUGAGGCCCUGGAUGUGUACCAGCAGUGCUUAGGAGAACUACUGUUGGUGCUAGCAGCUGAGCCCCAGGGCCGCAGGAGAGAGCUGCUCCACGGUGAGAUUAAGAGCCUUAUGAGCAGAGCCGAAUACCUCAAAAAGCAUAUCAAGAUGCAGGAGACUCAGAGAGACGCGUCUCUGGAUCGAGAACCUCUUGCAGACUCUGUCAGAAGCUCCUGCUGUUUGCAGUAAGCUUGACGGCCACCAUGGGAACCAACUUGGACGCCUCACAGAGCAUCAGACUCCCUGUCAGUGAUCAGGUUGGACACAAAGCAAGACCACAUUUCUGUUUGGGUCAAAUCAAACCUGCAUCACACCUCACCCAAACCAACACUGUACACUGUCUGGGUUGGAUAUUGCAAAUGCCAGCCAACUGUGGUCAGUGUUUUGGUUAUUGCUCUUAAGUUUUUCUACUAGAUGAUUUGGCAGGUAGAAAACGUGUUUAUUCUUUUAAAGGAAAAAAAUAUUUGGCUGGUAAAGUACUGGAAAUAGGUUUUGGAUUCUGGAUUUGCACACUGGUGAUUGUAAGUUAGUUCCUCGUUCUUUACACUCUGUUGGUGCACUGUUUAGCCUCAAAUCCCUCCUCCUGACACACCAUUGAUAUGUAAAUGCUUGACAGCUUGUAUGACAAUACCACACUGUCAUGGUAAACGAGUUAAAUAGAGACUGUUGCAUUUUAUUCAAAAGUGUUUGCAGCACACCUAAAAACUGUGAUAGCCUGAAAGUACAAUCAAAUGUGAACUGUGACGUUAAGCUUCACAACAAUUUUGAACUGAAGUAUUAAGUAUAUUAUAUUGAGGCCAAACAUGCACAUACUCCCUCACCCACCCUCCUUCUUCCCCACUGCCUUUGCUGUGGGUCAACCACAGGCUCACCAUGCUCUCUCCGCUGAUGGAGCCCUCUCCACCACUAUGAGGGGAAAACUGGAGAGGUGCGGCCUCUGCCUUAUUUACACUAGACUUGCAUUUUCUUAGGUUUGGCAGUGGAUGGGUAUUUGAGGGAUACAGUGAGUUGUGGCGCUCAAGCAAAGCCUUCAUAACUAGGCCUCUGUGAAACGGUAAAAGGCUUAGCAGUCGUAGCAAGCUGAUAAUCCACGCUGUUGUAGGUCUUCACGGGCUGUUUUGAUUUCAAACACGUAAAGUGCUUGAAUACUCUAAAAGGGAGCUUUACUUUGUGAAUAUAAUUUUUAAGGCAACUGUAGAAAAUACCUGAAACAGGAGUCAAAUGAGAAAAGUAUAAAUAUGUCUACUGGCAAGCUUUCCACACUGCUGUGUUGUUGUAUUUUUUAUUUGAAUGUUUAUACAGCUGUGAUUUUAUAAUGUAUUUAUUAAAUGAGAAAUUCAGUGGAAAAUAAAAUGACAAUCUCUGAA